AUGUCAAGCUCAAUGGAACCGAAGCCCCUCACCUCGGCGUUUGAGAGCCCGACAUUCGAUGAGGAUAGCUCGUUCCAUGUAGAGCAGCCCGUGGGGGCAAUGUCAAUAUCCCCCUGUGGCCGAGACGUUGUGCUAGCAUCAAAGGAGGGUCUACAUGUCAUUGAUUUAGACUCACCCUAUUCCCCGCCACGACAUCUCCCUCACCACACACCAUGGGAGGUAGCCGAUGUCCAAUGGUCCCCAUUUGCAGCACGCGACCAAUGGGUUGUCAGUACGUCCAAUCAGAAGGCGUUGGUCUGGAACUUGGCAAUGAAGACGUGGCAGAACUCCAUUGAGAUUGUACUGCACGCCCACUCGCGCGCCAUCACCGAUAUUAAUUUCUCGGCUUUUCAUCCGGAUCUUCUCGCCACCUGUGCAGUGGACAGUUUUGUGCACUGCUGGGAUUUGCGCAGUCCGGCGCGUCCCGCCAUAUCUUUCUCUGAUUGGUUUACUGGUGCAACCCAGGUGAAAUGGAACCGUCAGGACCCUCAUGUUAUUGCAAGUUCCCAUGACCGGUUUCUUCGGAUCUGGGAUGACCGCAUGGGCGCGUACCCAAUCAAAUCGAUUGAAGCUCACAAUACUAAGAUUUACGGAGUCGAUUGGAAUCGUGUCCGACGUGGCGCGCUAGUGACUUGCUCACUUGAUAGGACUAUCAAGUUCUGGGAUUAUACUUCCGAGUCCGAUGUCCCCGAGAAGCAGAUUCAUACUCCAUUCCCGGUAUGGCGCGCACGGAAUACGCCAUUCGGAUGGGGUGUACUUGCAAUGCCGCAGAGAGGCAACAAUGAUCUACAUCUUUAUAGUCGGCGAGCUGAAGAUGGCUCGAAUAAAGAGGCUGACCUACCCUUAGCGCAUAGCUUCCCGGGACACAAGGGACAAGUCAAAGAGUUCCUCUGGAGACCCCGUGGAGGGGUGGAGGAUGGUAUCGACCACCGCGACUUCCAACUUGUGACGUGGGGAACAGACAGGGAGCUUCGGUUACACAGAGUUGACCCUGAAAUCCUACAGCGUGUGGGCUACGAAAAGGGCAAGUCCUUUAUUUCGACUCGAACAGUCACACGCCUCGGUGCGGUAUAUCGCAGUUUCCGUGAUGUGAAUUCAGACUUGGAAUUCGACGACAUCGACACAGCCUCCUCGAUUGGUGCUCAGAAUCAAAAUCAAUCGACAAGCUCUGGGAUGAAUGCUAUAUCAGUCCCCCACUCCCGUGGUUGGAUUAAAGGAGGCCAUGCUGAUCGAGUUGGCAUGCUGCCCAGAUCAAAUUUGAGAGCUGAUACUAAUCCCAUUGCUUGGAUGCGUGGUGUUAAGAUAUCAGGCUGGGACAUUGAGACACUGGGAGACGAAAUCAGCCACGUCGGUGAAAAAUUCACCAAGGUGGCAUUCGACUCGGUUGAUGUCCGACAACGAAAGAUCACGAUCUCUCUCAAUGGGCCUUGGGGGGCUGAUGGCGCUUCUCUGUUCUUGAAAGUGGACAUCAAGUUCCCAAAUAGCUAUCCCAAGACUGCCAUCCCGACAUUUGCAUUCCAAAAGACGGCGGCUGUUACCGAUGAAUGGGCUGCAAAGAUGACCGCUGAACUGCGAACAAUUGCUGAGACCUACAUGUCCCGAAGCAGAGGGUGUCUGGAAGGCGCAGUGCGCUAUCUUCUGGGCGAGAGCAGCCUGGAGGAAAGCAUUGCUUGGAUCCUUGGCGAAACAGGUGACAAUAUCAAGUCUCCCAUCAAUGGCGAACUAGAAGGCGAAUCUAGUGACGAGGAUGAAGUCGGCAUGACCCAAAGCCAAGAGCUGGGCAUGAGCUCAGAGCUUCUACGCCCUGUCAACGCCAAUGUCAUGGUCCCUGUGGCCAAAGCCUGCGGCGCAAUAUGGGCAAAUGACGGCCGCCUUGUGUGCUUCUUCCCACCAAAGAAGGACAAAUCGUCGGAGCUGUUCGAGACCAUGGGCUUCAAAGAGAUGACCAGAUGGUCCCGAGGAGACAAGGUCUUUGAAGGCUUUGGUCGGUUACAGACCAACUCUCCCGGCCCACGCGGCGGAAUGGGCACAAUUGCCAGCACGGAAGAUGGUGCAUCAUCUGACUCGGACGAUUCUUACUCCGAGACAUCAAGCUCUUCAGGCUCGUCUGAUAUGCUUUCAGGAUUGCCAACACGUUUCCCAGCACCCCAGACAUGGCGCAGUGCUGGCAGCUAUGGUAUGCACCGGCCAAGAUCAACAGAUAACUCCCAGCGAUCCACCGGAGGUGGAGCCACAGUGAAAUCAGAAGGGCCUCAGAACAUUAUAUCUAUCCAUGAUUUAAGUGAUCUGCAACCAGUCAAGCGGAAAUUGGCUAGUCAGUAUAGCAUUUGUGGCAAAGGACCAGAUGUAUGUGCUCACAACGCGGCUGUCGCCCUUGACGCUGGCUGUUACGAACUGGCCCAAAUCUGGGGUCUAAUCAAGUUGAUUCUGCAUGUUCGAAAAAACCCCGGCUCCUUGCCCGAGUCGGGACUGCUACAGCGGCGUACACAGAGGAAAGGUAGUGGGCUUGGUGGUAUCGGAAACGAUGGCCUCUAUAGAGACUUGACCGGCAGUAUCAUUCGCUGGGGAGAUCACCCCCUCGGCAGUCAUUGGCUUGUCCCUGCUCUCUUUGAGCAUUUCGAGCGCAUCGGCGAUGUGCAGAUGGUGGCGAUGCUAUCCAGUGUUCUACAAGAAGCAAACCAAGAUGAUGGAUUGGAAAAGCAGAAGAAGAAGCCUGGACAACAGGCUUUCUCGCUGGAUUUCUCUGUCGCAUCGACCGUUCAAGCAAAGCUGCCAGCUGUGGCACCUGCUUCAUCUGUUCCAAAAGAUAUCCAGGCUAUACCUGUUUCCCAGACAUCAGCCCGGUCUUCUAGCGAAAUAUGGCGACUUGAAUCCACACCACCACAUUCAACGGGCACUACGCCUCCAUUCAUUUCUCGCCCUCGUGGCAUUGCAGCUGACCGGAAGCCUUUGAGCCAGACUAUGUCCAUCGCUGCAUCGCCUGACCAGCAAUCGCAGCCACGGAGCGGAUCUGGAUUUGGAUCGGUGCUGGCGUCGUCACUAUCUCGCUCAUUCACAUUUGGACCAUCGUCCGCAUCCCCACCGACAAGUAGACUGGACAAGAAGAAACCAACUCCACGGGAAAGUCCGAGCGUGGUGACAACAGGACAAGUCUCGGAGGCCCAGUCAGACAAUGAAAGCGACGAACCACCCAAACACAAGCCACCCGCAAGGUUCAAAGUCACGAUGAAAAACCAAAAUGCAUUCGAAAGCGACGGUUCAACACAAGACUCACUCCUCGACGAAACCAAAGAAUCUCUUUACCGCGCAUACCGCGCCGCAUACGCCGAUCUCCUCUCAAUCUGGGACCUCCCAGUCCAACAAAGCGAAGUCAUGAAGAUUGGAACAGUAACCAAUCGAGUAGACGACAUAAACGCCAGCCAUUGCUGGAAUAGCACGACCGAAACUGAUACCUCACUGAAAGACCCGCCCGGUCCAAUUACCCAGAACCUUGAUUUCCAGCGCCAUUGCACUAGUUGCGGCCAUGCGCUGCAGAUUUCCAUCUUUAAUAAACACCCCGUGGCUCCUGAUACACCCUCGAAACGCCACCAGCGCAAAUCAUCUGCUAGGCGAUGCUCGAAUUGUCAACCGCGCCAGCCUCUCCCGACGAAAUUACCUUGUAUUAUUUGUCGCGAAGUGGUAGACGGUAUGCUGAUACCGUGCCUGGGCUGCGGCCAUGUCAGCUGCUUCGACUGCCACCGGGAAUGGUUCCUGCGACCAGGCGAUACAUUCGACGGUUCAUCAGAUCAAGAUCCUAAAUCCCUUCCGUCUUGCCCGACAGGUUGUGGCUGCCAGUGCUCUGAGCAUAUGGUCGUUAAUGUCCCCAUGCCAUCAUGGGAAACACCAUCACCGUCGCCCUCCCCAAACCCUAAUCUCCACCUGCAACCUGGGCAUAAUGCAUCUACAUCUGUGUCGCCUAGUCAAGCAGCUCAUCAGAAACAUUCUCGUCGGAGACAAUCUGAGCCUGCUGUUGCUGUCGAUCCGCUUAGAAGAGAUCUGAAGACUCGGGUUGGAACUGGUCAACUUGAAGAUGAAUUGGAUUUGUGGCAGGAGACUUCGCCUUUUGCUUCGCUGGCCAGGGGUUUGGGUGGUGGGUUGAGUCGCGGGUUACGGACUAAGGAAGAGCGCAAGAAGAAUAAGACAGUUGCGAUGGCUCCGAAUGUGAAGCGUUCUUGA